AUGGGUCAAGAAGAUUCUAGACAAUUUAAUUCAGAAUUUUGUAAAAUGGCUCACGAUGUUUUUGCUUUACAACACAACAAUAUAUUUGAUUAUAUAGCUUUUAUUUUCCCUUGGAUUGGCAAAAAUAUAUUAGACCCUUUUGUUGCUUUUACUGGAAAGAUUAGAAAAGAUCCUUUGCAGCUUUUAAUUGGAAAAAUUUAUGAGGCUGUUAAACAAAGAAAGGAAGAAAAAAUGAAGGAGGGGGAAGAAAAAGAUGAAGAAAAUUUAAAUAAGAGAAGGGUUGAUUUUAUAGACCUGUUUUUGGAAUCAGAAGUGGAAAACAAUGAAAUUGAUUUAACUAAAAAUACUGGAAAUUACAGCAAGACUGAUAAGUUUGAACGUCAUACAAUUCUGGAAGAAAUUGUACUUAAUUGUGUCCUCUUCCUGUUGGCAGGCUUUGAUACAACAUCUAAUAAUUUGAGUUUAAUGGCACACUAUUUAGUUAUGUACCCAGAUGUACAAAAACGGUUAUUUGAGGAAAUUGAAGAAGUGUGUGGGGAUGGGGAAGAAAUGCCUAGUUAUGAAGAUUUGGCAAAAUUAAAAUAUGUAGAUGCUGUUUUUAAAGAAACUCAGAGACUUUGCCCUAUUGCUUCUGGGGUAACUCGUAUAUGUGAAGAAACAACAACUCUUGGGGGUAUAAUUAUAGAGAAAGGGACAAAUAUUUCUAUUGACUUGUUGACUCUUCAUAGAGAUCCAAAACUCUGGGGAGAAGAUGCUGAAGAAUUUAAGCCUGAAAGAUGGUUAAAUGGAGAGGAUCUACCAUUUUAUUAUCCUUUUGGUGGCGGACCUAGAAUUUGUAUUGGAUUGCGUUUUGCAAUAAUGGAGACAAAAAUGAUACUUGUUAGAUUACUAAAAACUUUUGAAUUGAAACGUUGUUUAGAGACGGAGGUAAAAAUAAAUCGAAAGCGAUAUUUUUAG